AUGUAUUCCUGGGAAAGAUGCCGCUGCCAUCCGUGUGGUGCCCGCCCUGGCUGCACACAGAGACACCUCUGCAUCUCUGCCGUGCUGCUGCUCGUCCUCGCGGCCGCCCUGGCCUUGGGGGUGGCACUGGCACUCCUGCCACGGGCACCAGUGAGCCGCUUCUGCACAGCCCCCAAUAACAAGACAGGCUUCUUGUGUGAUGACAGAGUGACCUGUGUCCCAGCCAGCUGGGUCUGUGACAGGGUCAGCAACUGCAGGAACGGAGAGGAUGAGCAGGAGCAGCUCUGUGGUGACUUGCCCCACAGCCUCCCAGGGUACCUGGUUUUCUACUGCAGUAACCCCAGAUCCUGGGUUUAUGCUGACCAGAGGUGCAACGGGAUGAACGACUGCGGGGACUGCUCUGAUGAGACGUGGAGCUGUAAGUCUGUCUGCUGGCUCCUGUCUUUUCUGCUGAGGGGUAGCACCAAGCCAGUGUCUGCUUUGGAGUGGUGGAGCUGCAGCCCUGUGCACUACGAGUUCUGCUCCUGCAUCCCCAGGAGGCUGUGCCGGGAUGGCAUCCAGCACUGCCUGGGCUGGUCCGACGAGUUCGUCUGCACAGCCUGAAUCCUGUGCCCAUCCCUGCUGGGGACAGCAGGGCGCUUCCCACACGUCACCCUGGAGCCUUGGGCUCCUGCCCUGCCACCCCCUUGGGAAGCUCCAGCCCGAGGAAAUGGUCCCAGCAGGGCCCAGGGGUGUGUGGCAGCCCCUGGCUGGACACUGGCUGUGGGACAGCUGCCAGGAGUCUGCUGCCAUGUGAAGGUGACGCUUCCUUCAUGGGCAGCACUGACUCAGUGCCAUGCUGGAGACGCUUCAGCAGGCACUGCUGGCACAGCCCUGGGCCAGGGGAUUCUCCUCUGCCCACACUGGGGCCAGAGUGAGCCACGGGAGGGACACUGAGAACUGCCCCGAGCAGCAGGAGCUGAGUGAGGUGAGCCUCCAACACAUCUCCAUCGUCCUGAUCUUCACUGGCAGGAGGAGAAGCUUCUAUUUGUGUUCAGAACACAUCUGCAGAUGGUUUCAGCAGUGACUUUGAGGGCUCUGUGUUGAUGCUCCCGGGACACUUCCUUGGGAAUGCUGUGCUGGGAGUGACACCGUGGGGAGCUGCUGCUCAGGCCACCUCCUGCUCCCUUCUCAAACCAUGAAGGCCAACACAGAGAGUGUAAUGACAUGGAAAACUGGAGAAGUUUCAGGGUUUUGGGGGAUAAAUCAUGUCCCUGUGACAGCCAGGGCAGGGAACCAGCAUGUAAAUAACCUGCUCUUCACUCAGGGCUGUGCAGUUUUGCAGCAGCAGGUUGAGAACAGCCAUGGAGAUGGGAGAGGUCUCACUGAAAUUAGCAAAGAAAGGAGGAAUAAGAAGUCUCAGCCUUGGAGCAGAGAGCAGCAGAAAAUCAACUGCUGCUCCCAGGGUGGUGUGGGAUGACACUGGAUCUGUUUGCUCCUUGUUUUGUUCCUCUGCCAGUAAGGCAGGGUCAGGCAGUCAAGCCUUCGAAGCAGUCCUCAGGAUAUAGGUAUGGACAUGACACUGAAAUUUAAGCAAGCUGAGGUUUUCUCUGCUCCUUUGAAAAUCUCAUCUGUGUCUAAAACAUCGAGGAAAACCCCACAUUUACAGUGAGUACUCUUACUUUUCUGGGCCCAAAAUAAACAUGAGGUGAUCUUUUUCCCAUUGCCACCCUAGGUCACAGAUAUUUAAAAAUAAACCCCUGUUCACUCAUCUCUUCUCUGUCCUGUGAUCUGCAGCUCUGCCUGUCACUGUAACUCAGAUCAAUGGUGAAUGUUGCUUCUAAUUUGUCACUGGGAUAUAGCUGGAAAUCGGAGAAAUCUUUUUAUAAAUAGCUUUACAGUAUUGUGACUCACAAUUCACCUGGAAUGAGAUGGCAAAAUCCUGCAUGAGGAAUGUUAAAGCUUCUUUUUCUCACCUGUCCCUCUCCAGGCCUGGCCAGGGUGCACAGCUUGGAUUCUUGUGCCUAUGAAAUGUUGUCCCCGUGCAGUAAGGAUUGAACUAAUCAGCUGUUAAAAAACAAAUACAAGAACAGUCAUGCUUAGCACAGGGCUUAGGGAAUGGGAUUGGUAAAAAUAGGAUUGGUAAAAAAAUGUGCAUCUCUCCAUGGUCAGAUCAGCACAUCUCCAGUGCUGGAAGGGGGGUGGCAAAAAAUUCCGUGGUGGCACCAGAAGCAGCUUGAGGGGGAAGAUUUCACAUCUUCCUCCCCUCUGAGCCACUGUUUGGAGUCACAAUUUGUGCCAUUAUUUGUCUCAGCAGAGAGUUGAUGUAGUUGUCAGGGGAAGGUAUUAAUAGCCUUGAGUUUCUGGGAAAAGAAAGUAGGAUUUGAAUGCAAGUGUUUCGUGUUGCCUGUUUUGUUUGUGUUGUUUGUUUGUGUUCCUUUUUUGAGGAAAAUUCUGCAGUAAGGAAAAGACAAAGGGGUUUUGUUCUUUAUGCAUUUUUGAGCUGAAGUUCAUUUUCUUGGCCUCUUCAUGGUUUCCAAGGAUGUGCUGCUUUUCUUGGUGAUGGAUUAUGGUAAACAGCAGUGUAAAAAGAAGAUAUCCUCUGAUGAAGCACUAGUAGAGGAAACCUGGAGAAAAUCCUUGGCCUCAUGAGGCCCAAGAGGAAAAUGAUGAACACUCUGCACCUCAGCCAGUUUUGAUGGAAACACUCAGGGCAGGGAUUCAAUGUUAAACAGUUACCUGCAGCAUUACAGCUGCACAGACCAACACAGAACAGGUCUGAGAGUUCAGGUGAUUUAUAGCUGAUCUGAAUAAUCAAUAUUUGAAUUUAAAAUGCCCCUCAAUAUUUCCAGCUGGAGAAGCACAGUUAGUGUAUUGCAGGCACACUGAAAAUGUUUUUUAAACCACAGAAUGAUGUCAAAUGCAGUGAAUUUGCUUGUAAGGCAGAAUGUAUUACAACUGCAGAGCAUAAUCUCUACAGUAACCUCAUUCCAGCUCUCAUUUCCUGGGCUAAAAUGAGAAAGAAAGGGGACUUGUGUUCCACUUUGGGCUUCUGCAACGGCUGUUGGCAAGGUGAUACUGCCUCUGCCUCCCUUCCCAGAGGUCUGUGCUUAUCCUUUGUUCUCCCUCCCUUUGCCACAGCCCCAUCAGCACAGCCUGAUGCUUUUGGGCUGAGGUUUCUGUUCCAGCAGCACUGUAAACAUCCCAUGGCACUUGACAAGCCCAGUGCAGCUUCAUUUCAGAUGAGCUGCAAUGAUUCAUGUCUUGCCCCUCGAGAGGCAGGAGAGGAGCAGGGAUAGGACCAGCUGUUUUGGUAAGAAAUACCUUCAUCAGAAGAGGUAGUUAAGGAUGACAACAAAAACUUUAUUUGAAAAAAUUAUUAUGUAUUGAAAAUAUACAGUAGCAUUACCAACCUUCUUGUCUCUAUCCCUUCCCCAGCACAGGUUACCCCACAGGCAUGUCACAGCAACCA